CUGGCUUACUUUUAUGUUAUGGGCCAGGGUGUGCACUUCGAUGUCCCUCAUAGUAUCGAGGAACAAGAGACCCGACAAUGGAAUAUCAGAUCCCUACCGAACGGAGUAGAUCCUACUCCACAGGAGCACAAGGUGAUGAUAGCAUUAAACUUCACACCGUGGGGAGCGAGGAAAGAAAACGACGAUAAGAUAGUAGCCAAAACAAAG